AGCGGAAAUAAACGCUGUGCUCCCCGCUAGCUUCAGGCUCACAGGACAGAGCUGUGAUCAUUCGGUGGGGGAUCAGUAGAGGAAGCUGUGAGAGCGACAGGCACGGCAGCGUUUGGCUUCUUUCUUGGGCAGCUUCGAAACGGAAUAUCACAAGUGGUACUGCACUGUGACCUUUAUGUAAGGUCCAAGCCGUAAAGGAACGGGUCAUCGACGGGAGGAGAGACUCGGAGAAAAAGAGUUGGGCCACGGGAAUCUGGAUAAAUUGUUGAAUUCGUUAUAGAAGAAUAACUACAGCUGGGUUGCUUUGCAGUGAGCCACAGAAAGCAUGGAGGCCAUCGCCAAAUACGACUUUAAAGCUACUGCUGAUGAUGAGCUUAGUUUCAAACGUGGGGAAGUCCUCAAGGUGUUAAAUGAAGAGUGCGAUCAGAACUGGUACAAGGCAGAACUAAACGGAAAAGACGGAUUCAUUCCCAAGAAUUACAUAGAGAUGAAAGCCCAUCCGUGGUUCUUUGGGAAGAUUCCUCGAGCCAAAGCAGAGGAGAUGCUAAACAAACAGAGGCACGACGGGGCGUUUCUCAUCAGAGAGAGCGAGAGCGCACCAGGAGACUUCUCCCUCUCUGUGAAGUUUGGAAAUGAUGUGCAGCAUUUCAAGGUCCUCCGUGACGGAGCUGGAAAGUAUUUCCUCUGGGUAGUGAAGUUCAACUCCCUCAACGAGCUGGUGGAUUACCACCGCACGACUUCGGUCUCCCGCAAUCAGCAGAUCUUUCUGCGAGACAUAGAGCAGAUCACCCAGCACCCGACGUACGUUCAAGCGCUCUUCGACUUUGACCCCCAGGAGGAAGGCGAGCUCGGGUUCAGACGCGGCGACUUCAUUCAAGUCCUGGACAACUCUGACCCCAACUGGUGGAAAGGAGGCUGCCACGGCCAAACGGGCAUGUUCCCCCGCAACUACGUCACACCUGUCAACCGGAACAUGUAAAAAAAAAAAAAGAAAAGGAAAAAGUUCUGACCAACACAACAGCUUAACCAUCACCACCAUCAUUAUCACCACCGUUCUUGAUCUCAUCCUCCCAACCAUCCAACCCACCCUCCACCUCUCUGGGCCAUCCCACGGGGAUACAAAUAAAACAAGAAGAAGGCAAAUAACUGAAAUAGACAAAGAGAGAAAACAGGAGUAAGAGCUGCCGUAGGCGUAGCUAUGUGGGCGGCAGCAGAGCAAAACCCGACCUCCAUCCGCGCUGAGAAAGUUCACCUCCCUGCUGAACGCCUCGGCGAGGACUGAGCUGUCCUGAGGGAAAUAAAAACACAGGAGAAAAAAAAAAAAACUAAAGCAUAGAGCACCAACCG